UCUAGGCAGAGCAAUAGCAAAGAGCAUCUUAAUCUGACUAGUGAUAAAAUAAAAUUCGUUAACCUGGGACUUUUUAAUCAUUAUUAUUCACAAGACUUCAUCAUUUUAUGUUUCAGUACAAUAAGGCUGGUGGCCAGUGGACCUUCACCGGACAUUUUGCGGAGACUUUAGCAGAGUUUUUGUGCGCGAGGUGCCCCAUUUACCUGUCCCACCGUAACAGCUGCGGCUCCGCUCUUCCCCGUAUUGCGCCCAGUGCCGUCUGGAACUCAAAAACAUUUACACGCAGCAAGCUAAGGUUCAAACAUGAGUCUGCUAUGGAGCUGUCUGUCUCUCCUCUGCUUGGCUGCCUCUUCGAAAGCCAGGCCGCAAACAGAUACAGCCCAAAAGUGCAAGUCUGUGGAUCUCGUGUUCAUCAUUGACAGCUCCCGGAGUGUGCGUCCUCAUGAAUUCGAGACCAUGCGCAAGUUCAUGAUCAACAUCAUCCAGACUCUAGACGUGGGCCCCAAUGCCACACGGGUGGGCGUGGUUCAAUACUCCAGCCAAGUCCAGAAUGUCUUCUCUCUCAGGACCUUCUCAAGAGUGGAAGACAUGGUCAAGAGCAUCAACGAAAUCAUCCCCCUGGCACAGGGCACCAUGACGGGUCUGGCCAUUCAGUACACAAUGACUGCGGCCUUCUCGGCUGUUGAGGGUGCCAGACCCAAUGUCCCUGAUGUCGCGGUGAUCGUGACGGAUGGGAGACCCCAGGAUCGCGUGGCCGAGGUGGCUUUGGCCGCCAGGCAGAAAGGAAUUGAGAUCUUCGCCGUGGGCGUGGCCAGGGCAGACAUGAGCUCCCUACGUGCCAUGGCCUCCGCACCUUUGGAGAGCCACGUGUUUCUGGUCGAGUCCUUCGACCUCAUCCACCAGUUUGGGAAGCAGUUCCGGGGAGAGCUGUGUGAUAAAGAGGUGGACCCCUGCCUGGAGCCAACCCAUGGCUGCGAGCACAUUUGUGAGAGUUCAUCAGGAUCCUACCACUGCAAGUGUUUCCCUGGGUAUCGGCUGAAUGCCGACGGCAGGACCUGCUCAGUGGUGGACCUCUGUGCGGAAGGGAAGCACAACUGCGAGCAGAUCUGCACCAGCUCCCCUGGCUCCUUCACAUGCAGCUGCAGGACUGGUUACAACCUCCACCGAGACAAGCGGACCUGCACAAUGAUCAACUACUGCUCCUUCGGGAAUCACAGCUGUCAACACGAGUGCGUCAGUGUCCUCAAUGGCUAUUUUUGCCGCUGUGAUGAAGGAUACAUACUUCAGGAGAACGGGAAGGACUGUCAGCUGGAGAACCUGUGCAACACUGUGGAACAUGGCUGCCAACACCAGUGUGUCAGCAUCCCGGGCUCUUACUACUGUGUCUGCCCCGAGGGCCAGGUGCUGCAGGAGGACGGCAAGACGUGCGGCACUUGCAGAUCUGCAAAUAUCGACCUGGUAAUGCUCAUUGACGGCUCCAAGAGCGUGCGGCCUCAGAACUUCGAGCUCGUGAAGCAGUUCGUGAACCAAGUUGUGGACUCCCUGGAUGUUUCGUCCCAUGGCACUCGGAUUGGCCUGGUCCAGUAUUCCAGCCGCGUCCGCACUGAGUUCACCCUGAACAGCUUUGCCAAAGCCCAGGACAUCAAGGAUGCGGUGAGGAAGGUGGAGUACAUGGAGAAAGGCACCAUGACAGGCCUGGCACUGAAACACAUGGUGGAGAACAGCUUUUCAGAGGCUGAGGGUGCCCGUGUGGCCAACAAGCACAUCCCCAAAGUGGGCCUGGUCUUCACGGACGGCCGCUCCCAAGACGACAUCACAGAAUGGGCAAAAAAUGCAAAGGAUGCAGGCAUCAUGAUGUACGCUGUGGGCGUUGGGAAGGCAGUCGAGGACGAGCUACGUGAGAUUGCCUCGGAACCCCUCGACAAGCACUUCUUCUACGCCACCGACUUCUCUGCCAUCGGGCAGAUUGCAGAGAACCUGAAACUCAACGUCUGUGCAGAGGAAAGUCAGGGAGAGAUAGAGGUGAAGGAUCCGUGCACCUGUGAGAGCCAGGUGGAAUUCCAGCAGACCACCAUGGUUGCCUUGGAGCAGUUGACACAAAAAAUGGCUGGUCUGACAGCCAGACUGGAGGAUUUGGAGAACGAGCUACUGACUCGGAAAUGAGUACCUGGUGGUCACCACCAUUUUUCCAGUCUUGCUUUCUUUUUCUCUCAGUACAAAGUGUUACUUGUGUAAGAUGGUCCUCAAAGCAUGUGACAAUAGACAAUCAUUAUACAGUAAUAUACAUAAUACAAUUGAUCCAGAAUUAGGUCCCCGUUAUAUGUGCACUGGUAUUACAUUGUAUACUUGGCAGUGUUUUUUGAAUGGUUAUUAUGUAAAUUGUGUAAUGUUUGUAAGAUCAAGAUGGUUUCAUCAAGUGCAGGCUUUAAUUCUUUUUGUGAUAUGCAUUUGCCUUUUUUUAAAUUAUUACAUUUUUAAUGUUUAAUUUCUAUCUAUCAAUUACUGCUGAAUAAGAGUUCUGUAUAUUUCACAUUCGCCAACUGUGCUGAAAGAGACAGUGUAAUGUUUCCAAAUCAUUUCUAAUAAUAAAUAUCCAUCCAUCAUCUAAUCGUUUAUCCAGGGUAGGGUUACAGUAGGUUGGGGGGCUGGGGGGGGUAGCUGGACCCUGUCCCAGGCAGCUCAAGGCCCACAGCCGGAGUAUACCCUGGACAGAGUUCCAGUCCAUUGCAGGGCACACACACUACAGGCAGUGUAGAGAAGCUAAUUAGCCUACCCACAUGUUUAUUGACUGCUGGAGGAAACCCAGGGGCAGGAUGCAGUCUGACGCAAGAGUGCUACAUGCUGAGGCAAGGUACCACCCUAAUAAUACAUAUUGUCAAUAUUUAUUUAUUAUUCAAUAACUAAAGAAUGUUAUAUUUGAUUCUUAUCUGGCUGGGAAACACUGGCUCACUCUUUUCCCCCCUCUGUUUCUACUCAAAAGAAGAAAUAAUGGUUAUUAAUCUAUGCGUUGGUGUUGGAACUUUAGAGGGCAAAAUUCAAUGAGUGAAAUAUUUGAAAUUGUGUAAUCCAGCUUCUCUGAUUAUGUUAUGUAUCAUAUGUAUGUUUGAUAGUGUGCAAUUCGCCAAUAUCCCAAAACAUACUUUACUUAAGAUGCUCAAUAUAACUGAUUUUAUGAUAUUUAUGAUAUUGACAACCACGAUGCCAUUUAAUAACCAAAAUAGUGGAGGGGCAGAUGGUUUUACAACAAUCAAUACAUUUAAAUUACAUAAAUGUACAAUAAACUAUUACGUUUAGCAAAUAAAGCUAAGCAGAUACAUUCAACCCAAGAAACCGACUGCACCCUAACAGCUGCUUAGUCAGACAGAGAGGUUUUUAAACAUUUGAAAAACUGUCAUUAGGGUUUUUGAUUAAAGCACAUUAUGUUUAAGGACACUGAUAACUCUUCUGUAUGUAUUUUCAGACACUGAUGUACAAAGGCACGAAGACAAAUGAAGCAAAAUUUGACCAUUCAUUGUUACAUAGAUUCUUUUCCUAUUACAUAAUAAAAUGUGUACAUAGCUUGAAUCAAAACCUUUUACUAACAUUUGAAAAACUGAAGCCACAAAUUAAAGAUGUGCACUGCUACACAUUGGCUGCUGCCAUUUUUUAAUAUUUCUAAUAAUCCUUUGAAAAUGUUCAUAUUUUAAUGUUUUCUGAAGACUGUAUUCUUACACAGGAUACAAUAAACACAUUUAAUUUUUC